CGGCCGCGCGGCUUCGUUAUAAAAAUCAAUAGCAUUAGUAAGUUCGUUCGUACAAACGAAUUAUACGAUUCUCUUAGUGUGCGUCCGUGUCGGUGUGCGGAAAACAAAAAAAAAACCACCAGCGAAAAUUCUUGUAAUAAAAAUCAAUCGGAGCGAGGAAGGCGCCGCGCGGGGCGCCGACUGGUCGGGCGCUCCCCCGCAUAUCUACAACUCUAUAGUGCAUCUACCUCCUGCCUCCCCGAUUUAUUCCGCGAAUUCUACUUUACACCUCUUCCUAAACAAUCGAAAAACUUUCUCCGAAACGCGUAGUUUUGUAGCCUUGAAAGCUUUAGAUUUCAAAAGAUCGCUUGGAAACUCGAGGCGGGGGGACGACGGGGCGAAGUCGUUUUGUUUUUAUUUCUUCGACGAAAAAAAUAACGCCGCCCUGCAGCGUCCUAAACAUGCGCCACGCAGCUACGCGGGCCCGGCCGGGUGUGUGCGGGAUUCACUUUCAUUUGCGACAUCCCAUCCCGAAGGUCACCGCGCGGCAGCGGAUCCUGGCCGUGUUCUAGGAAAUGCCUGGCCGCGGUUUUCCGCAGGUCAAGCACGAACCGGCCUCCGAGGACGACGACUCGCAGUACGCUCACGGCUACCUCACCAAUCAGGGUUCGGAAAGUCUGGAGGAGCUAGCGCCGCCGGCGCCGGCGGGGCCCGCCGCCACGCCGGUCGCGGUCAAGCAAGAGCCCGCCGAGCCCGCUGUCGUGCUGGAGACGCUCGCACCAGCGCCGCACUCGGACACGCUGGUAUGUAGUAAGGGGGUGCAGGGUUGUCAGGGUUCGGAGAGUCUGGAGGAGCUAGCGCCGCCGGCGCCGGCGGGGCCCGCCGCCACGCCGAUCGCGGUCAAGCAGGAGCCCGCCGAGCCCGCUGUCGUGCUGGAGACGCUCGCACCAGCGCCGCACUCGGACACGCUGGGUGCCAUGCUCAUUGAUAGACACAAGACGCUGCCCGGCGCGAACGAUGCUGACUCCAUGGAUUUCAUGCCUCUCCUUACUGUUAAAGACGAACCUCUCUCUGAAGGAGAGCAACACCACCUGAGUGGGUCAGACACGAGUGAUUCCAGCACCCAGCCGGAGCCGCCUCGCGGCAGCCCUAAAAACUGGACGCAGCAAGACAUGGAACUGGCUCUUGAGGCCCUGCGGACGCACAACAUGAGCCUUACUAAGGCGUCAGCCACAUACGGCAUCCCGUCAACAACGCUGUGGCAGCGCGCGCACCGGCUCGGCAUCGACACGCCCAAGAAGGAAGGCGCGUCCAAGUCCUGGAGUGAAGAGGAUCUUCGCGGCGCCCUUCACGCGCUGCGGUCCGGAGCUAUUUCUGCCAAUAAGGCCAGCAAGGCUUACGGCAUUCCAAGCAGCACUCUCUACAAGAUCGCGCGGCGUGAGGGCAUCCGCCUGGCGGCUCCGUUCAACGCGGCGCCCACGGCGUGGCGGAGGGCUGACUUAGAGCGGGCGCUGGCCUCCAUCCGCUGCGGAGCGGCGUCUGUGCAGCGAGCGGCUUCGCAGUUUGGCAUACCUACAGGCACGCUGUACGGGCGAUGCAAGCGUGAAGGGAUCGAGCUGUCACGGUCUAACCCUACGCCCUGGUCUGAAGACGCAAUGGGAGAGGCCUUGGAAGCUGUUAGGGUAGGACAAAUGUCAAUAAACCAAGCAGCCAUCCACUAUAAUCUGCCUUAUUCGUCACUCUACGGACGGUUCAAGAGGUGCAAAUAUCAAAGUCCUCAAGCAAUGCCCCAGCAGAACAUGCCGGAGAUGGAGAUGGAACCCCAACAAGCCCAGAUGUACUAUCAGCACCAAGUGCCCAUGCCCGAGGAAUAUCAUCAGAGCUACAUGACGGAACCUGAAGCCAUACAUGCCCCUGUCAUUCAGGAGCCCUAUGGGAUGUACUAUCAAGGUUGCAGCAGCAGUAUCGCGACGAGUUGAGGGUACAACGCCUCAGGAAGCGAGGGCCCUUGACAUUGCGCUUUCUGAGGGACGUAAUUAUUAGUCCAAGAAGAUUGGAGGCUUACAGAAAAAAAUUAGGGUAUGGGAUACCCUGCGCACAUUGUUCUAAAAUGUCGGGUGGGCUGUAUCUGUUGCCAGUGCCAAGCAACGGAGUCCAAAAUCCAUACGUUGUGAGUUACUUGGUAUACCUAUAUGUAAUUAGGUACGUACUACCUAGUUAUGCCUGUGGCCGCCGCAGACACAUCUGAUCUGCGCUGAGUUUUUUCAGUAAAGGCCGUCUUCCAUCUUAUUAAAUUUCGGAAUAGUGUAAACGCAUUUAGGUGUGUCUGUGAUGACCCUUACCUAUAGUUUCGCAAUAGUCGCAAUACAGUUCAGUAUUUCUAUUUAAUGCUAUUAUUUAUAUUAUUUAACGAUGCGCUCAUCAUUUUAUGUACAGUAAUCAACCUGAACGAGUAGGUACAUGAUAGUCGUAGUGUUAGUAAUAAUAUAAGGUAUAAGAAUGAUUACAAAUCAUUUUGUGAAACGAAAUACGUAAACAAUGGCAAUUUGAUUAAUAAUGUAAUUUGUGUCGGAUAACAAAGUCUUAGCUAGCAUAUUUUUGUAAAGGCUAUUUUUCGAUUAGGUACCUACUGUCUAUAAAUAGGUCACGGAUAUAAUUCUAAGCAUGGAUUUUAUAAAGAUCCUUAAUUACGGACAUGUGGGGUUACGCAAGUCUGAUGGAUGACACAUCGCAGACGCAAUUGGAUAUCAGGAAAUGUAUUGAUCAGACAGAACUGAUAGAUAGGUAUAUUGUAUUUCUCCGGAUUUCUACAGUAAACUGAGAAAAACGAAGGUCUAUUUAACAUACAAAUCACAAUUUUACUUUAAAUUUCCUUGUGAUACUUAGAGCGAGAAAGUCUAAAUGUACCUAGCAAUUGUCUUCCAACUUUUUCAAACAAUGACCUAAGUUUAAGUUUGCAUAUUGAACCGUAUCUAAGGAUCUUUAUAGGACUCUCCUUAAUAUUAUGUCAUCUUGUCAACUAGUAACUUGAAUGGUUAAAUCAUCAUGGACUUCCAUCAUAUAGCAAUAUAUUACCUAAAAUUAACGCAUUUUAAUUCCCAAUAGGUAUAUUUUUCUAAUCUAAUCUUAUUGUUAAGCUUUGAACAAACUUCCGAACCGUUAGUUAUGGUGAUAAUUAAGAGGCACUAAGUCUUAGUUUGAAUAAUAACAUAGGGAAUGAUGCCUAGUCAUCAAAUAAGCUAAAGCUACUG